CCAUGAGCUGUUUGGAUGUUAUGUACCAAGUCUACGGUCCUCCCCAGCCUUACUUCGCAGCCGCCUACACCCCCUACCACCAGAAAUUAGCCUAUUACUCCAAGAUGCAGGAAGCCCAGGAGUGCAACGCCAGCCCCAGCAACAGCAGCGGCAGCGGCAGCGGCAGCUCCUCCUUCUCCAGCCAAACUCCAGCUAGUAUAAAAGAGGAAGAAGGCAGCCCAGAGAAAGAGCGCCCACCAGAGGCAGAGUACAUCAACUCCCGCUGCGUCCUCUUCACCUAUUUCCAGGGGGACAUCAGCUCUGUGGUGGACGAGCACUUCAGCAGGGCCCUGAGCCAGCCUAGCAGCUAUUCCCCAAGCUGUACCAGCAGCAAAGCCCCUCGGAGCUCCGGGCCCUGGCGGGACGGCUCCUUCCCAAUGAGCCAGCGCAGCUUCCCUGCCUCCUUCUGGAACAGCGCUUACCAGACGCCGGUGCCUGCGCCGCUGGGCAGCCCGCUGGCCGCCACGCAUUCGGAGCUGCCCUUCGCCGCCGCCGCCGACCCCUACUCACCGGCCGCUCUGCACAGCCACCUACAUCAGGGCGCGGCCGAGCCCUGGCACCACGCGCACCCGCACCACGCGCACCCGCACCACCCCUACGCGCUGGGAGGCGCCCUCGGCGCCCAAGCCACCGCCUACCCCAGGCCCGCCGCCGUGCACGAGGUCUACGCGCCGCACUUCGACCCGCGCUACGGGCCGCUGCUGAUGCCCGCCGCCUCCGGGCGCCCCCCUCGCCUCGGGCCCGCCCCGGCCCCCGCGCCGGGCAGCCCGCCCUGCGAGCUCUCGGCCAAGGGCGAGCCGGGCGGCGCCGCGUGGGCCGCGCCGGGGGGAUCCUUCGCGAGCCCCGCAGGGGAUGUGGCCGGGGGUCUGGGCCUCAGCGUGGACUCAGCUCGUCGUUAUUCUCUCUGUGGUGCAUCCCUCCUGAGCUGAUCUGCCGACCCAGGGUUUCCCCUUCCUUUCCCCUUCUGACCAGCCAUGGAGGCUCAGCAUCUGUGCCUCUCACUUCAUGGAUGAGGAAGGACGUGGGGGAAGGCAGAGACUUCAAACUUCUCCGUGUAUUGGGAAAACCAAACACACAUCGACAGAAAUUUCAUCUACAAAUAAUUCCUUCUGCCAGAAGAGCAGAUCCAAAGGCUCUGAAUGAUGUUUAAUGACAUUUGGGCGAAUCACUGAAAGUAUCCGUGGUGAGACCACUUAGGUGACAUGAUAUCACAGCUUUCUUGGAAAGAAGGAAAGAAAAGAGACGUUUUGGUGUGAAUAUUUUUUUAUGCUGAUGUGAAUUAUUUCAUUAAGUAGUGUGAUCCUAGCACUGCUGAUGUCAGUAUCCUCAGAAUGAAAAUGUAUUUGCCUCAAAGACUGGUAGAGAAGUAAAAAGAAGCCAAUUCCUUCUUCCUCACCUGUAGCCUCCAGCUCCCUUCUUGCCCAUUCCCUCAGUACAACACCCACUCCAGACACAAAGACACACUUUUUCCUUUGGACUGUGAACAUGGAAGCCUCAGCAUGAAUGUGAGUGGCAAGUGGCUUAUCUGAAGCCACCUGCCCAAGUCUUACUGAAAUGCAGCUGUUGUGGGACAACUGUUUAAAACUCCAGAAAUACAUCGACCAAGGUGGCACUUCCCAGUCUUUGGCACAACAAUUGCACUGGAUAUAUUUUAUAUGUGUGUGUGUGUGUGCGUGUAUAUCAUAUUUUUUACAGAGAACAUUUUACGAAAGAAGAAACCCUUCUCUGCCUUCUUUCCCACAAAUUCUGUCCCUCCUUCUAUCCUCCCCUGAAUGGAAAAAACAGCAUCAAGAGGACCCAACUGUCUCCAAGAAGAUGUAGGGAUCACCACAAGAAGAGAUGCCCAUGGAGUCUUUAGUACCUCAAAUAUUUUCUCAGUCUCUGUGGUCAUGAUUUGGUCACUUAAGUGUUGGGACAGGGGAAGGGGUACAUGCGUGGGCAAAGCUGAAGGUUAUGAGGGAGAAGAAAUGAACAUUAAAGAUGUCUGUUUACCACUA